AUGGCGCCAAAGAGGAAAGUCGCUCAGAAGCCGGCCAAACCAUCCGUUGACGAUAUGCCACCUCCAUCAGUCAUUGAUGAUAUGUCGCACAUCACUAUCAGGCGUCCCGUUACAAAAGAUAACAUGGUUGAAGAUAACGUGAUUCAAAUAGAUGACAAAGAUCUUCUACCUGUUUUAGAAGAAAAUAAAAAUAUGAACAUUACAGUUGUUUUAGAAGAAAUCCCUGAUUUUAAACCUAAAGUAACAGAUUUAGAAUCUGAAUCAGAUCUAGCUAUAGAUGAAACAGAAUCGAUCAAAAAACCUGUUCAAAAGAAGGUUACCAAAACAAAACUUAAGUCCAAAAAACAAACAGUUGAAGAUACCAAAGUUCUAAGAACUAGGAAAAGGGCUGCUAGCGAAGAAAGGCAAGUGUUGAAAGUUGAAGAAAAGGUAGUUAGCAAAAGUCGAAAAAGACCGGUUGAUAAAAAUUUACCAGAGUCUCUAAAACCAGUUUCUCCUUUAAACGAACUACCAAAAAGAAAUAGAAGAGCCGCUAGUGUGGAUAUACUGACGUCUGAAACCUCAAGUUUUCCUUCAGAUAAAGUAACUAAAAAAAAGAUCAAUAGUAAAUCAUCUAAAGCUGCAAUUACUGUAACUGAAGAUGAUGCACUAAAAAAACAAAAAAAAGGAACAAAGAAAGAAGAUCAACCUAAAAUAAUGGAAAUAAAAGAUGAUGAAACAAAAAUUGUCGAAAAGAAUUCCAAGGGGAAAAAAAAUACAAAAAAAGUACCAAACGAAGAAAAGGAAAAUGUAGUUACAACAGAACAAAAUGAUGUUGAAGCAGCCUUAAAUAGCAAUGAAGAAAAACCAAAAUCUAAACGAGCCAUUAAAAAGGUCAAAAUAGACGAACCUUUGGAUGAAGAUGAAGAAGAAGAAAACCAGGAAGAAAAGGUGUCUAAACCUUCAAGUAGAAGCCGAGCAGCUCCAAAAGUUAUGGUUAAACAAAACAGUGAAAAAGAUUUGGAAAAAAAAACGAAAACUGUUCCUAAAACCAAAAAAAAUAUUAAGUCAUCUGAAGUAUCUGAAGAGUCUAGUGAAAUAAACGAGACUGAUGAUUCCAAUAAGUCUCCAGAAAUAAAACCAAAACGUGAGCGCAAAUUCAAACAGGUUGAUCUUGAUCAAAAAGAUAACAACUUCAAAGAAACUAAAGCACCAAAACGUGGAGGUCGUAAGGCAAAAGUUGAAGACUUCGAUGAAGAAGAAGUACAACAGAAGAGCCCGCCUGUAGAAGAUGAGAAAAACCAAGAAUCUGGAGACUUGGCCGAUGAUAUUCAGGACACCCCAGUGUCUGAAAAAGAAGAAGUCAAACCAAUAGCAGCAAAGCGUAAAACAAAAGCAAAGUCUAGAAAAUAA